UUGCCUGGCGGCAAAUACUGCCCUGCGGGCUGCGUAUGUGAUGACACGGUAAUUCGAUGCUCAGGCAAGAAGCUUAAAGAAUUUCCUCAAGGCUUGCCGAUGGAUAUUACGGAACUUUAUUUGGAUAACAAUGAAAUUGAAAUUAUUCCUCCUCAGGUGCUCAACAAAAUCGACCUGAGCAAUAACAAGAUAAUGGUAUUGGAAAACGACACGUUCUUCAAUCUGAGUCAACUGUCUACGCUCAUUCUCAGCUACAACAAACUGCAGUGUCUGGAAGCUACCGCGUUUCAUGGCCUCAAGUCGUUGCGCAUUUUGUCUCUGCACGGCAACGACCUGUCGACGCUGCCAAAACUGGCCUUCCAGGACCUGACUUCGUUGACGCACAUUGCCUUGGGUAGCAACUCUCUUUACUGCGACUGCAUGAUGCAUUGGUUCGCGGAUCUGAUCAAAAAGAACUACAUCGAGUCUGGCAUCGCUAGGUGCUCAGGGCCCAAGUCGUUACGGAAUCAGCUUAUAUUGACCACUCCUACACACGACUUCGUUUGUUUAGCGAAGUGCGACGCAUGCGUUUUAAACCCGUGCGAGAACAACGGUCGUUGUGUACCGCUUCCGCGACGAAACUUCAAGUGCGUCUGUGUUCCCGGUUUCCACGGUGACACCUGUCAUGACGUUGUGGAUGCGUGUUACGGUGAUCCAUGUUUAAAUGGCGCCACGUGUAAGAUCCUCGAGAAAGGGCGAUUCAGCUGCUACUGUAUCAAAGGGUUCGAAGGCGAUCGCUGCGAAACCAACAUUGACGACUGCAUCGGCAACCAGUGCCAAAACAAUGCCACUUGCCUGGACCUGAUCAAUGACUACAAGUGCACGUGUCCCCCUGGAUACACUGGUAUCAAAUUGAUCGAUUAUUGUUCAAAAUCGUUGAAUCCUUGUGAAAACGGUGCAACAUGUGUUGCGGAGAAACACAGUUACAGGUGUUUAUGUGCCCCCGGCUACUCUGGCGUUAACUGCACCGAGGACAAUAACGAUUGCUUGAAUAACCUUUGCAAAAACGGGGCCACGUGCAAGGAUGGAAUUAACGGCUACUCGUGCUUAUGCUCUCCUGGAUUUAGUGGCAUUUAUUGUGAAAUGCCUAGCAUGGACAACGCAUUAUACCCGAAGACAUCGCCGUGCCACCACCAUGAUUGUCGAAAUGGCUUUUGCUUCCAACCAGACAACGCUGUCGACUAUCGCUGUCAGUGCAUUCCUGGCUAUGGUGGAGAAAAGUGCGACAAACUUUACUCAGUGACAUUUGAAAACUUUGAUAAUUAUGUCAUAUUGCGUCCCCUGGUCAUGAGACCCACCGUCAAUAUUACGUUUACGAUCAUGACCGAACAGUCACGCGGUGUUGUACUGUACUACGGGGACGACGCUCAUUUGGCCGUAGAGCUUUUCGAACGACGGGUCAAAAUAUCCUACUACGUUGGCAACUAUCCGGCAUCGAUCAUGUACUCGUUUACGGAAGUGAACGACGGCAGUCCGCAUAAAAUUCAGUUGUUGUCCACAGGUAAAAACCUGACAAUGACCAUUGACCAUUGGAAACCAAGCACUAUUUUGAACAAUGGCAUGAUAGAUUACAUGGAUGUACCGAUGGAUACACCGUUGUACGUCGGCGGAUUGCCAAAGAAUUAUUACAGUGCCAGUUGCUUUGUUGUACUAUACUCUCUCAUGAUGCUGUUUUCUUUAGGUUGCAUCAAGGACCUGUACAUUAACUCGAAAAUUUACGACUUUCAGACCAGCGAGUCGCCGCUGAAAAUUGUUCCCGGCUGCGCCGCAUUCGAAGACCCAUGCCGAAAGAACAAAUGCACGGAAAAUGGCGAAUGUAAACCCGUGCUCUCCUCCUUGUCUUACGUGUGCGAAUGUCACAGCGGCUACAAGGGGCAAUAUUGCGAUGAAAGAAUAAAAAAGUGUGUUAAGAAGAGGUACCGCGAGCACCUCUCGGAGAAUGGCUGCGUUUCCAAGAAGCCGAUCAAGAAUGCCAAGUGCGACGGCUACUGUGGAAUAAAUUGUACUUGCCGGGCAAGCAAAAUGCGCAGCAGAAAAAUAGGCUUGAUUUGUGCGGAUAAAUCCAAAAAAUACAAGACUGUGAACAUUAUAAGAAAGUGUUCUUGUUCUGACGAGCUGUAG